AUGACUAAAACUGAAAUACGCUGGUUAAGAAAAAUUUACAAUAAACUUGCACGAGAAUUCUUAAUGGAAAGCGGCGUACAUGGCCUGAAAAUAUUUCUGUCCACUUCACCGGUACACUGUGCAAAGUAUCUGUGGUUUAUCUUUCUUACCAGCAUUAUUGUCGUUACACACGUAAUUAUAGUCAAUUUAUAUCUGAAAUAUUUGGAUCAACCAACUGAAGUGCGUCUGUCCACUAAACUGGUGCAUGUUGCAAAUAGUCCAUUUCCCGCCGUCGCUAUUUGUAGCGCAAAUAAGAUAAGUCGACAGAAAUUGAUGAGAUAUGCCGCAACGGUCUACGAAGCUCAGCAAAAGCUUCAACCUGGUCUACUCGCCAAUAAUGUGAACGAAAUGGCGGAGCACAUAAAACUGCUAACCGGCUUCUUUCUAUAUCCUUCUGAUAUAUACAGCGACGAAGAUGUCCGGCUUAGCCAGCUGCACAAUAUACUCACGAGCAUGUACAACGGCAGUGAUUAUCCAACACGAGAAAUACUCUUCAGUUUAGCGCCAGAUUGUGAGGAGCUCAUCAUACGUGGCUUGGUAUUUGGUAAAUUCGUAAAUGUAACACGGUAUUUUGAGAAACGUACAAUAUCUGUGGGCGCAUGUUGCCUCUUCAAUUAUCAACGUGAUACUUACUCAACCAAUAGUACUCGCGCCACUUUUGUUAAAGAGAAUGUACGCAACUUAGAGAAUGUUACGUUCGAAUCAAAUUCCAUACUGAACUCCAUACAAUUCGUCUUACAAAGUGAUCCGAGUGAUUUUGCGCAUACUGAAUUCGCCAGCUAUGCAUUUCGCGUUUAUUUAUUUCCGAGAAGGGAUUAUCCCACCAUAAUGACUAGUGCAAUGGGUCAGAUUUUAAUAAAUACUCGAUCUAUAGUGGAAAUACCAGUUCAGCCGACAUUUUACGAAGCCACAAGAUCUAUACGAGACUUUUCGCCGGCGGUGAGGGAAUGUUAUUUUAAAGAUGAGGGACGGCGCGCAUUAAAUAAAACCUAUUACUCGCUCAAUGAAUGUCUACUAAUCUGUCGCAUGCAGAGUAUGCAGCGUUAUUGUGGUUGUGUCAGUCCUCUACUCGCACCACCGCUCAUAAAUGCCAGUAUAUGCACCUUAAUACAAUUGCCCUGCCUAACACAUUGGAUGCGUGUCUUCAAUCAAUGGACCUACUUUGAAUACGUUGAGCAGACCCAUGCACCCGACAAGUGCCAGCAAUGUAUACCAACCUGUAGUGGCGUUGACUAUACAUUUUACUCAAAUACCUUGCCUCUACGUGGAGCCACGGCCGAUAAUCCUUAUUCGUAUGGUUUGUUAAAAGACCUUAACAGCGUGAAGCCCUUGGCUCUGGUGAAAUUGUACUUCAAGCAAAGGUAUGCGGAAUCGACAAAUGUAGAUGUUGUAGGCGAUUGGGUGAACCUGUUGAGUCGUUUUGGUGGCAUUCUAUCGCUUUUCUACGGCUUUAGCAUCUUAAGUUAUGUUGAAGUUUUCUAUUUCCUCAGUGGCAAAUGGUUUGUGCUGUUUUACAAAUCACGUCAGCGGAGGGAUAUUGGGAAGAAGAAGAACCAGCUGUCAGAUAAACAACCGAUAUAUUCGUUAUAUUGGCGCGAGUUGCAGCCCACAUCCGCCAAAUUCAAAACUUAUCCCAACAAUAUUGUCUGGCAAAAGCGUCCAUGGUAGAUGUAAAUGAUACUAGUUU